AUGGCUUCGUCCACUGUCUGGCAAUGCCUUGUUGCUCUCUCCCUCUUCUCCUCCGCCGCCUACGGCUACGGCUACGGGGAUGGCAACGGCAAUGACAAUGGCUACGGUGACGGCAAUGGCAACAGCUACGGCUACGGGGACGGGCAGCUGGAUCCCAAGUUCUAUGAGAAGAGCUGCCCUGCUCUGGGGUUCAUCGUGCGCGUGAGCAUGAUCAAGGCCGUCCUCACGGAGCGCCGCAUGGGCGCCUCCCUCCUUCGCCUCUUCUUCCAUGACUGCUUCGUUCAGGGCUGCGAUGGGUCCAUCCUUCUGGACGACGUGCCGGCGACCAACUUCACGGGCGAGAAGACCGCCUUCCCCAACGUCAACUCCGUCCGUGGCUUCGAGGUCAUCGACGAUAUCAAGAGGAAUGUGGAGUACGUCUGCCCGGGCGUCGUGUCCUGCGCCGACAUCCUCGCCUUGGCCGCACGGGAGGGCACAGUUCUGCUCGGCGGCCCAAGCUGGGCGGUGCCGCUGGGCCGGCGGGACUCGACGACGGCGAGCCUGGACGGCGCGAACAGCGACCUCCCGGGGCCGACGCUGAACCUGACCGAGCUCAUCCAGUCAUUCGCCAACAAGAGCCUGAGCCCGCGCGACCUCACGGCGCUCUCGGGCGCGCACACCAUCGGCUUCUCGCAGUGCGUCUUUUUCCGGGAUCACAUCUACAACGACACCAACAUCGACCCCGCGUUCGCCGCCGAUCUACGCCGCAGCUGCCCCGCCCCGGCAGGCUCCGGCGACACCAACCUGACGCCGCUCGACGCGCAGACACGGUUCGUCUUCGACAACGCCUACUACCCCAACCUUGUGGCGCGGCGGGCCCUGCUGCACUCCGACCAGGAGCUCUUCAACGGCGCCGCCCAGGACGAGCUGGUGCGGCAGUACAGCGCCGACAGCGCGCUCUUCUUCGCCGACUUCGUGGCCGCGAUGAUCAAGAUGGGGAACAUCACCCCGCUCACCGGAAGCGCCGGCGAGAUCAGGCGCAACUGCAGGGUCGUCAACAGCAGCUGA